UUACCGCAUGGAGCGGCACUAGCACAUUAGCGCAGCUGGCUCGUCAGCGAUGGUGAUACACACUAUGCGCGUCUCUUAUUAUUUAAAACACUUGUAGUAAUGAUGUGUAUUUAUAAUAAACAUAAUUAUUUGUCAACUUACCGUGUAGUUUAAUUGCUUGUCUGGAUUGUGCACGACAUGAGCCCAAUGUACUGUAUAGAUACUACUGUACACUGCACAUUUAUACUGGUUCACUUUCGCUGCUUGAUUCAACAAGUUGUUUACAUUCUUUUACACUAUGGAGGAGCACUUCAACGCAUCUGGCUCGUUAAAGCCUUUCAACGUACAGUAAGUGAAAUAUAAUUGCUUUUCAGCGGAUAUUACUAGCUGCUCUAUUCUCAAUUUAUUUAUACAUAUAUAAUCAUGAAAACUAACAGUCUGAUGGUCUACUGCGUGCAUGCUUAUGCGUGCGUGCAGAUCAACUGGAAAAAGUCCGCCAGGGUCGCUGCAAAUUUUUUUCCACUGGAGCCAAAGCCACAUUUCUGUUAACGAUUACUCCGCUAAUUGCAGAAUUUAUGAAUUUCUUGUACCCGAAUUUCAGGGGUGCUACAUGCAACGAGGGCUCGAGUGGAAAAAGUUGGCCUGAACCUCUCAAAGAAUUUUUCCACCUUGUCAACGAAUGGAAAAUCAUUGCCGUACAACCUUGAAGCCGGACUCGCAUGGCCGGAAAUAUUUCAGUUUCCGGUAAUAGUGAUCCAAUAACGCGAGAGCAUCACUGAUGGACUUUGCACCAUUAACUGUGAUCUUGCCGUUGCGGUACACUUGGCAGUGCGAUUUGUAAGGACGAAUGGAACGGAGAAGAAGCCCGGAAAAUUUAUGUGGUGCAUAAUGUGAAAGCGGAGCGCGUUCGGAUAAGCUGGAUAUUGCUCGCAAGAUGUUCUUGUUCUCCAACAAGCAUGUGAGAAGUUUCGAACGCUCUUCCAACAAGUGACGAAUGGAUUGUGUCCAUUUGCUUCAGGCCUUACCACCCCUGGAAUGUGUAAUUAUUUUUGGAGAGCGCGGAUGUUAAAGAAAAACCAAAUUGCGCUGAUUGGUCCCCCUGGACAAGGUAAAAAAUCUUCUGCCAAAGGAGAUCGUUGGCUCCGAUGGAUUGAAAUGGACAACGAUAUACAACUCCAGCGCGAGGUUCGAAUCGGCCCUUGGACAGUAGAUGGUUUUGACCCAAGGAAUAAAACCGUUUAUGAGUUUCUAGGGUGUAUGUGGCACGGUUGCAGCGACUGCACGACAAAAAGUACACUGCAUCCAUUUCUUAAUCGCCCCAUGGAAGAAAUCAACAAAGCAACUGACUCACGCCUUGACGCAAUAAAAGCUAUGGGUUACGCUCUUGUUUCAAUCUGGGAGCACGAAUACGAUGCGCGCCUAGCAGCAGACAUGGAAUUCAAACAAGUCAUCGAGUUAGCAAACAUUGAAGAGCCUAUGCACCCACGAGAUGCAUUCACCGGUGGCCGAACAAACGCUAUCAAACUGUACCACAAAUGUGCGCCAGGCGAAAAAAUCUAUUCCCUCGACGUUAUUAGUGAGUACCCCUACAUCAAUAAAAAUCUGCCUUAUCCAGUGGGAGCUCCUGUCAUCAUCACAAAGGACUUCCCGCCUGUGGAAAGCAUAUUCGGAGUGAUGAAAUGCCGUAUCAUUCCACCACCGUCAUUAUUUCUCCCUGUACUGCCGUACAGAACCGACAAGCUUACAUUUCCGUUAUGUGCCAAAUGCGUACAGGAGCGCGUGAACACACCGUGCUGCCAUGAAGAUGAUGACAGGGCUUUGGAAGGAACGUGGUGUACACCAGAAAUUCACCGCGCGAUAGAAGCUGGCUACCGCAUUGAAAAGAUUUACUCUGUUUGGCAUUAUCCAGAGCAGAUGCAAUAUUUAUUCAGAGAAUACAUAGAUCUAUUUUUGAAGCUUAAAACAGAGGCAUCAGGCUAUCCACCGAACUGUCGAACAGAGGAAGACAAAGACAGAUAUAUUGAAGAGUUUCUUAUUAAAGAAAAUAUUUUAUUGGAUAAAAACAACAUUGCGAAGAACGAUGGGCUAAGAGCGUUGUCCAAACUUAUGCUGAAUAGUUUUUGGGGUAAGUUCGGCCAGCAGGAGGACAGAUCCAACACCGCAUUUGUUGAAAAGAAAGAGAUUUUCCAUGAUUAUUUGUUUUCCAAUAAAUACGAGGUUGCCGGAUUCGACUUGGUGACUGAUGAAGUUAUGGCUGUUCAAUACCGUUCUAAAAAAGAUUACAUCCCAACAAGCAAAAAGACAAAUGUUGUCAUUGCGGCAUUCACAACAGCAUAUGCGCGGUUGCACUUGCUGAAGUUUAUGGAAAUGGUUGGAGACCGCUUGUUAUAUCAUGAUACUGACAGUAUCUUUUAUAUUCACACUGAUGACUUGCCUGAUCCGCCAGUGGGGACAUGUUUAGGAGAUUUGUCAUCGUCCUUGGAGCCUAAUGAGCACAUCAACGAAUUUGUUGCACUCGGGCCUAAAAGCUACGCGUACCGCACCAACACUGGCAAUGAAACGAUAAAGGUCAAGGGCUUUACCUUAACAAGGAAAGCCAGGAAACAGUUGAACCUCGAAAGCCUGAAGGAAAUGCUAUUAGAAAGCCUGGCACCGCAAGACCAGCCAAAUGAUGUAACCGUGAACUAUCCGUUUAACAUUACGCGGAAUAAGCGUAAAUUGGAGGUUUCCGCAAAAGAAAUAAAUAAACGGUUUCGACUUACAUAUUCAAAGCGUCGAAUUGUCGACACGGAAUUUAACACUCGACCAUGGGGUGACGUUUCCGUUGAUUAAAUCUUCAACUGUCAGUGCUGAACAGUUGUUGAUACUGGUUUUCAUAUUAUGACUUACUCCGAAAAAGGCCUCGAGCAAUAUUAUUAAAAUUAACAUUAGAACAAUGCAUGUUCCCAUAACUGCUUCGCAAAAGUUCUUUUUACACACUAGGCGUGCCAUUUUGAUAGUAUAUUUUCUAGCUUAUGUAUGGUGAUUUAUUAUGAUUUCGUGCCUUUAAUACUUACUUUAAAGUGAAAACACAAUCCAGACAACCGAUUAUAUAAUACAACCAAAAAUUAAAAUUUUGUCUAAUGAUAAUAUCAUCGAAUUGUGUGCGGAUGUUAGUAUUGCAUAUGUAGCGUGUUUCAUACACGUAUGAAAUAUAUACAGUGUACAGUUGUGAUGACUCAUGUGUGGGAGUUGGGAGCUGUAGUUAUAAAGUGCAACCGGGAAUUGUAACUAGAAAGUCCAGCUCCC